AUGACUAUGCCCAACAAGAAGGCCAAUCAAAAUGAUCGAAUCAGUGACUUACCGGGUAAUGUCAUUGAUGCAAUCCUAGCAAACUUGAGAAUCCGAGACCAAGUUAGAACUAGUAUUUUGUCAACAAAGUGGAGGUAUAUGUGGACUUCAGCCCCACAUCUUUGUUUUGAUGACGAUUUUUGUCAAAGGUUUCUGGAUCUCGAUGACCCUAGCACUGUAAUUUCUGAAAUCAUCACGGAUGUUCUUAUGAUCCACAAUGGGCCAAUACACAAGUUUUCUAUUUACCUAUCUAUACACUAUGACUUCAUGUUCUCAAUGGAAAAUCUCAAUACGUGGAUCCCAUUUAUGUCAAAGGACAUUAAACAUCUCGAGCUUGUGGCCCCCUAUGCUAAUAGAGAAGAUGAAAUGGCUGAUAUUCUCUUCUCUUGUAAGGAAUUGACUUACUUAAAAUUUAGCUUUUUUAACUUGUUAAUUCCAAAUAAUUUCCGCAGCUUUAAAAAAUUGCUUGAACUUCAUUUAAAUUCUAUUGAAUUCGAUUCCAGUUCACUCGAGAGUUUUAUGUCUGGAUGUCCGCUUCUUGAAAAGCUCAGCAUUGCAUACUGUUAUGAUCAUAGUUGUGAUUAUCUUGUUAUAUCUUCUCCUUCUCUCAAAGUCUUAAUGCUAGAAUCGACCAUGAUGAAUUUGAUUUGUCUCAAGGGAGCAAAGAAUUUGAUCGAUUUUACACUCAAGGGAUUUCUGAACAUAGGUUUUAUCAAAAGUUUGCCAGAAAUUAAGAGGUUUUCUCUGACCAAUUGGGGAAAGUAUGACGUCAAAAUUCCUCCCAUGCUGGCAACAAGCUCAUUUAGCUCUUUAGAGUAUCUGAAAUUGGAUGACUUGGAUUUGAAUGAUAAAGGAGACAUUUUGUAUUUGGUCAGGGUUCUCAAAAGUGCUCCCAGCUUGAUUGAACUUGUUAUUAAACAGAGUUACAACUAUGAUGAUACCACACAAGUGUCAGAUUAUUCAGAGGAGUUAGAAUGCCUUAGUUGUAACCUCAAACUUCAAACAGUGGAUGUCUACUUUAGAGCUAACUCUCAAUAUGCGAUGAGCUUGAUACAGUUCAUACUUGUAAAUUCCCCUUUGUUAAAGAUUCUUACUUUGGAUUAUAGUUCUAUUGAAUUAGAUGCAGCUAUGUUCAGAAUUUCACAAGACUUGUUAUUGAUGGAACGAGCAUUAGCACGCAUUAACCUCCUUCCUUGUGAUAGUAGUUAG